UUCGGAGCGCCCCCAAGCGUUGGGGAUGAAGAUCAGCAGCAUUCCUUUCCAGCGCAGAAAAUAUUGAACCCCAAGACCUAAGAGGCGACUUUCCGCUCGAAAUCUGGUCGCGGAAUCCCCCGAGCACGAUACUCAUCAUAUACCAUGGCCAACACCACAGACCGAUUCACCUCUGCUCUGCAUCAGAACAGGGAUUGGGCGGCCCAGAUUUCCAAGGAGGAUCCCUCCCUGUUCCCCAUGCUUGCGAAUGGCCAGCACCCGGACAUCCUCUGGAUCGGGUGCUCAGACUCCCGAUGCCCUGAAACAACCCUCCUCGGCCUAAAGCCCGGAGAUGUCUUCGUCCACCGCAACAUCGCUAAUAUCAUCCAUGCCGGAGACUUGAGUUCCUCCGCUGUGAUAGAGUAUGCCGUCCGUCACUUGCGCGUUAAACAUAUCGUCCUCUCCGGCCAUACCAGUUGCGGUGGCGUUGCCGCUGCCCUGGGCAAUAAGCAGCUAGGCAUCCUGGAUCCGUGGCUGCUACCCCUGCGCCAGCUGCGCGAGCAAAACCUAGCUCUGUUGAACUCACUGUCACCCGACCAGGCCAAUCUCAAAUUGGUUGAAUUAAACGUGCUGGAGGGAGUCAAGCUACUAAAGCAGAAAAAUGUAGUGUUGGAUGCUAUACACGAGCGGGGGCUUCAGAUUCACGGGUUGAUUUAUGACGUUGGGAGUGGUAUUCUGCGGCAGCUGGAUACGGAUGAAUCGGAGGAGGCAAUCAAGGCGCGUCUGACUUCGUUCAAGACCGACAUCUAAACGAUGCGGGGACUCGUGUUAGCGGGGUUGUGGAUUUUUGUCAUAUUUUUCAUCUUACAUG